UAUCAAUGGCGGCCACCAUUGAGGAAGCCGAAAUGCGGUUGCUAGCAAUUGUAUUUGUGAUCUUUUCUUUUGUGUCGUAUGGAUCAGCAUCAGCUAGUGACACUUUCAAAGAAGAGUUGUUCAUAAAGCCUCUAGACAGCGGCCAUACAUAUUUCCAUUUCCAGUUCACCACAAUUUGGAACGCGUCUAUUCAAGACCGCGAAACAUUUCAUCACUAUCGGCUGUUCCCCAAGUCUUUAGGCGACGUUGUUUCAACGUAUGGCGUACAGGAGCUACACCUGUCUCAGACCCAGGGCCUCUGGCGCCAUGAGAAAUGGGGGUACCCAGUGGAAGAUGCCCCACCUGGAGCCGAGUUCUGGGUUUGGUUCAAACCAACUGUGAAAAAUGUGGACCAGACGUGGGCGGAGCUCGUCAAUGCUGUGUCAGGACUGUUCUGUACCUCACUUAAUUUCCUGGAUGGAAAAUCAACCGUUGCCCCAAGAUGGAGUUUCCGUCCGCGAGGUGUGGCCACCGAGGGCUACACCUACAGCACCAAGUUUGUCCGUUACGGCGCCCUCCCCAGUGAGAUUGUGUGUACCGAGAAUCUCACCCCAUGGAAGAAGCUUCUCCCCUGUAAUACCAAGGUGGGGCUUGCAACUCUCUUCAAGGCCGUGAAGCUGUACGAUGCCUCCUACCAUUCACUGGCCACGCACAUCCGGCCCGUCUGCCAGGAUCCUGGGUGCAGGCAACAAGCUAUAGAGCUCAGCCUCAGCCUCUCCCUGGUGGUGGACACAACGGUCAUCAAUGCAGGCUAUCCCAAUUGGUCAUUGAAGAGUGUGUUCGGCCACUCCCUGUCCACUCAGUGUCCGCUGUCCAGCAUCAGUGCCGUGUACGUGGAUGUCUCGGACCAGGACGCAAAGAAGUUCAAGCUGACACCGGAGCCGACCCGUCGAGAGACGUUUGUUCGUGGCGGAGAUUCAAGGAUGUACGCAGUGUAUGAUGUUGGUGAAGCUACCUCCAGUGGGAAGAUCCUCAACAUUGCAGCUAGAUUUGAUAGAGCACUCACCUUCUUCGACAUUCAGCCUCCCCCAUUGUUUACUCAGCGAUACAUCACAGGUUAUGGCCUCGAGAGAGGAGGUGUGAUGUGUGAAGUCCACAACACGCUGUCGUCCAACUUGACGGUGAUCUACAUGGAUACCUUGCCGUGGUUCAUGCGAGUCUUCUACAAGUCACUCACCAUCAACAACAAUGGCACCACCAUCCGACCCUUCAAAAUCCACUACAUCCCCGGCAAAGACAGAAGUAGAUCUUACCAGUUUGAGAUUGUGUUCCGGCUCCGAGCGAACUCGGUGACAACAAUAAGCUAUGAGUUUGAGCGAGCAUUUCUCAAGUGGACAGAAUACCCCCCAGAUGCUAACCAUGGUUUCCCCAUCAACUCCGCCAUAAUCUCCACGGUGCUCACUGACGCCAGCAACUAUACCUCCCCCGGCCAGGAAUCAUCUGUCUUUGGAACAAGCAUGAAGGAUGAAUCAGACCAGUUCUUCCUGAGAAUACACACAGAGUCACUGCUGGUGUCGCUCCCAACCCCGGAUUUCAGCAUGCCCUACAACGUCAUCUGCCUAGCCUGCACCGUCGUCGCCAUCGCGUUCGGCUCCAUCCACAACCUCACCACCAGGCGCUUCAUCGUCUCUGACCCCAGCAAGAAGAAGGGCCUCCUGGCCAAGGUCAAGGCAUUUUUCAGGAAGGGAGAGAAGAAAGCAGAGGAGAAAGCGGAGGAAGAGUCUGAGGAGAAGAGUGGAGAAGAAGUGAAAAAUAGAGACAAUAAUGAAAGUAGUACCACGAGGAAGAGAAAAGAUGCUGGGAAGGAUUAGUCUGUGAUAUCUGGUGAAUGUGUGGGUGUGUGUGUGGGUGUGUGUGUGAAUGUGUGGGUGUGGGUGUGAAUGUGUGGGUGAGUGACUGAAUGUGUGGGUGGGUGUGUGAAUGUGUGGGUGG